UUCGUUCUUAUGGAAUGAAAGGUCGCCAAGGUAAUCUUGCUGAGAAAAUUCUCCCACACAAUAAUAUGAAGGGUCAGCACGUUUAUAAGACUGUUUUACAGUCUGGUUUUAAUUUUGAACUGUUGUCAAAUGCCAAGCUCAACAAGGAUGACCUUAUCAAAAAGGUUAAGAAAAUUAUUCCUAACUAUUAUCUUAAGGAAAAUUGUGCAGAGGGUAUUGAACAUGGGCCAGAAGUAGAGGAAGAGGAUGUUUUGAGAAUUUAUAAUAAGGCCAAAUCUCUUUUCG